AUGUCCCAAAGCAUCUUCCUGGGCCGCUGCGCCGAGUCCUCCGCGCUGGGGCCCCCGGAGCUGCGGGACAAGAACUGCACAGCUAUCUGGGAGGCAUUUAAAGUGGUGCUGGAUAAGAAUCCCUGUUCCGUGGUUCCCUCAGACUACGACCUUUUUUUGAAUCUCUCUUGGCACUCGAUUCCCAGAGACAAGUCCCUGUUCUGGGAAAACAACCACCUCCUUGUUACCAGCUACGCGGAGAAUGGCCGUCGCUUUAUGCCGCUGUGCAAUGUUCUGUACGGCAGGGUUGGAGAUUUCUUGAGCUGGUGUCGACAGGAAAAUACCUCUGGACUCGACUACCAAUCCUGCCCUACAGCAGAAGAUUGUGAAAAUAAUCCUGUGGAUUCUUACUGGAAAAGGGCAUCUGUCCAGUAUGCAAAGGAUAGUUCUGGGGUGAUCUACGUCAUGCUGAAUGGUUCAGAGCCAACAGGAGCCUAUCCUGUAAAAGGUUUUUUUGCAGAUUUUGAAAUUCCCCACUUACAGAAGGACAAAAUCACACGAAUUGAGAUCUGGGUCAUGCAUAACAUCGGGGGACCCAUCGUAGAAUCCUGUGGAGAAGGCAGUGUGAAAAUCCUGGAGGAGAGACUGGAGAGACUGGGUUUUCAGUACAGCUGUAUCAAUGAUUACCAAUCAGUGAAGCUGUUACAGUGCGUGGAUUACAGCACUCACCCGGACUGUGCCUUAAAUUCGAAGAUCUCUGAUGCCGCUGCCUGAGUUCUCGUCCCUUCCUGUCCUAUCUGCUAAAAUUGGCAGCAGCCUCUACUCAAAAAGAAGUCCCAUUCCCUUAUGGAGUACAAAGUGCCAGCUUUGUCUUUCCUCUCUUAGUGGCUUCAGUUUCAGUGGUUCAAAUGUAACUAGAAACUCAGCUUUGUCGUCCUGAGAUGCCCGUGGCCCUGAACCCUGCCCUUGUGCAAUCAUCCUUGUUCUGUGCACAGCAGGCGAUUCCAUUGUCUCAAGAAGCUUCCUGCUGGGAAAACAGUGUCCUAAAGUGUGUUUUUUUUAAUGAUAUGCAUGCUCAGGAUUUCAGAAAAAGGAAAUUAAUCUAGUUCUGUUUAACUGGUUAAAACUGCUGGUUUAGAAUUAAAGCUCGUUAUUAUUUUCUUGUUUUUCAUAAUGCUACAAGGCAUUGAGACCCAGAAAGUUUGUUUUACAGUCAAAUGUUAUAAGAGAAUUCUAGUAGAACUGUGUAUAUAUUUUUAUAUUUUCCUAUACCACUGCAGGGCACACUGUUGAUAGCUUCACAUAUGUGUAUACUAUAUAAAUGUACACAUAUAUGUUUGGUAGGCAAAGAAUUCUGUAUAAAGAUGUUCAAUUAUUCGUUAUUCGUAAUGGGGGGUUCUAAAAAUUCUAGUCAUAGAGAACUCUUUGCAUAUGGUUUGGUAUAUCUGUAGGAUGAAAUGUCAUUCAACAGUAAAUUAUCAACCCAAACGUCCUUCAGCUGGUGAAUGGAUGAGUUAAUCUUGGUAUAUCCACAUUGUGGAAUAUUACUGAGCAAUCAGAAGUUGCCAGCUAUGGAUGAAUGCCACAUCAUGGAUGAGACUCAGAUGCAUGGUGCCAAGUGAAAUAAGCUGAACCCAAAGGCUACAUACUGUGUGAUUCUGUUCAUGACGUUCAGAACUGAUCAGUGUCGGCGUAGCAGCAGGGGGAGGGGCUGACUAAGAAGGGGCAGUGGGAGGGCAUUUGGGGGAAGUGGCAGAACUGCUCUGGGUGUUGAUUAUGGUGUGAUGGUAACAGGAACCUAUGUGUGUGUCGACACUCAGAAAAAGGUCAUUUCACUGAAUGUAAAGGAAAAAUUUUCAAAGAACAUUUCCUUGCAUAGAAACCGGUCGACGAUAAGUGUAAGACAUAGGACUUACAGCUGUGUACGUAUGAUCCAAUUGUCUAAGCCGUGAUACAGAGGUAACGUAGUAUAGGCGUGUGUUUGUAUGAUACACACGUAUUAUACAUGAAGGAAAGGAAAGGAAAUCAACCCAAAGGCAAAGCAGCUAUCUCUGGGGAAUGGUCUAAUCAGUGAUUCCUAGUUUUGGCUUUUGACUUUUUGUAUUGUUCGAAUUUUCUCUGAUGAAUGUGAGAAAUAAACACACACAUAAACACGCA